UUACUGUUGAAGUUUGGCGGGUUCUACAAGAGCAGAUUCGGGAAUUUCGGGUUGCACGGGUGGUAAGAGUUCGAAGGAGCCAGAUAAUUAUUUUACAGAGGGACCUUGUGUGGAAUCUCAUUGAGCAAACAUGGAAGAUGAUGCUGAUUUAGACCUUUUAACAUCAUUAUUGGAGGAGAAUGAAGCUGCGGAGAGAAGUAGUGCUGAGCAUGCAGGGCAGCCCAGUAUCUCAAGUGAUGAGUACGAUGAACUUUUUGAUGGGGAUGAGGAUGGAUCUUACCAUGAAAGUGAUAAUGCAGCAGAAGGACAAGAUGUCGGGGAGGUGAAAGAAGAUUUCUUAACCUUGUUUGGAGAUAUCGAUGACCUUGACGAGCAAUCUUCUAAUGAACCUUUAUCUAAAUCAGAUCACCAUCUAUCCGCCACCAGCCAUGAGAAAUCAAAGCAGGAACUGGAAGAUGAACUAAGGAAAAUGCAGGAGCGCAUGCAAAGAUUGCAGGAACAACUACAACAAACUGCACUUGCAAAGACUCCAAAUGCUGACCUCCCAAAGAAAUCACCUAGAGACCACAUGAGGACAUGCGGUAAGCCAGCAACAAAGGUCCGGUCCAGUCCCUUAAUGGAAAGAAACCCCAAGACUGUGCAGGAAUCAAGCUGUUUUGCUGCUCAGCUCAGUAGCCCACCUGCAUCAAAAUCCCAGGAAACAUUGAAGAGAAAACUCUCUUCAUCAGUGAAUAAAACUCCUCCACAAAAAAGAUCUCCCACUACCCAUCAACCAGAAAAGUCAAUUGCCAAGCCCAGUCCUUCCACAGGAACUCCCGGAAAACUCCCUGUUAGUCCACAGAUUUCUAUUGAGAAAUUUUCUGGCCUCAGACUCAGGAGACCAAGAGUAUCAUCUGUGGAAAUGGAACGCAAAAUGAAUGGACGGAAGCUAAUAAGACUGUCUCAAUUACAAAGCAAAAUUGCAGCUGGGAAACUAGAAGAUGAAGAUUGGGUUACAUUUGGUGUAGUUCUGAAAAAAAUUACUCCUCAAAGCACCAAUAAUGGGAAAACUUUCAGCAUUUGGCGACUGAAUGACUUGAAGAGUUUGGAUUCGCACAUUUCCCUUUUCUUAUUUGGUGAUGUACACAAAGAACACUGGAAAACAGAUCAGGGGACGGUUAUUGGCAUCCUUAAUGCUAAUCCAAUGAAACCAAAAGAAGGCUCUGAUGAGAUUUGCAUAUCUGUUGACAACCCUCAAAAAAUACUGCUGUUGGGAGAAGCUAUGGAUUUAGGAACGUGCAAAGCUCGCAAAAAGAAUGGUGAUCCUUGUACACAAAUGGUCAACCUGAAUGACUGUGAAUUCUGUCAGUAUCAUGUGCAAGCUCAGUACAAGAAGGUCAGUGCCAAGAGGGCCGACUUACAGUCCAGCUAUUCUGGCCAUGUUCCAAAGAAAACAGCCAGAGGUGGAAACGGCCUGAGAGAGCGGCUGUGUCACAGUGGCUUUCACUAUGGCGGUGUUUCUUCCAUGGCAUAUGGAGCCUCUCUUGCUACAGCUGCAGCACCCAAGAAAACUGUCCAGACAACACUGUCUAAUAUGGUGGUUAAGGGAGCAGCAGCCAUUGCCUUAGAAGCACGGCAGAAAGUAGCUGCUGCUCUGCAAAGCUCCGAUGAGCUCAAGCAGUUAAUGAGUACACCAACGCCUGGAGCGCUUAACUUAAAAAAACAUUUGUCUAAUAUAAAAGUACAAGGGAAUAUCACAAACCAAGGUCCAUCUGUUCAGUCAAUAUCUGCCGCAGAACUUCUGAAACGACAAAAGCAGAUGCUGCUGGAUGCAAGGAAGAAGCGUGCAGAAGAAAUUCAGAAAAGAUUUCUUGACAGCAGUGACAAGUCUGAGCAAUUGGGUACAGUGACAACCAUAGGAGCUACAGCAUUACAGUCUCCAAAGCCAGCUGCAGUAUUUCCUAAUGAGCAGAAGAUGACCACCCCCAAGUUGGGCCGUGGUUUUGCUGAAGGAGAUGAUGUUCUUUUCUUUGAUGCCUCCCCUCCCAGUGCACCAAAGCUGAGUGUUUCUGCAGAAGCUAAAAAGCUUCUAGCCAUUCGGAAACUACAAGCAAAAGGCCAAACUCUUACAAAGGUGGACCCAAAUGGCAUCAAAAGGAAACAUGCCAGCUCAACAGAUGUUGAGCAGGUGGUUAAAAGGGUGGAUAAGCACUUACUGUCACCUGAAGCUCCAGAUGAGCUGGAACCUGCCAUGAAGAAACGUAGGGAGCAACUGGCCUAUAUGGAGUCUGAAGAGUUCCAGAAUAUUCUCAAAGCCAGGUCCAAGCACACUGGAGUCCUCAAAGAGGCAGAAGCAGAGAUUCAGGAAAAAUAUUUUGAACCUCUUGUGAAGAAGGAGCAACUGGAAGACAAGAUGAGGAGUAUUAAAGAGCAAAAGUGUCGUGUAGUAACCUGUAAAACGUGUAAAUUCACACAUUAUAAACUUCUGGAUACUUGCGUUAGCGAAAACCAUGAUUUCCACUGGCAUGAUGCUGUGAAACGUUUCUUCAAGUGUGCCUGUGGCAACAGAACCAUUUCUCUGGACAGACUGCCCAAGAAGAACUGCAGCAACUGUGGGCUCUUCAAGUGGGAGAGAGAUGGCAUGCUUAAGGAGAAACGUGGACCGAAAAUUGGAGGAGAAACACUAUUGCCAAGAGGAGAAGAGCACGCUAAAUUCCUUAAUAGUCUCAAAUGAGCUCGUAGGACAGACUCUCCUUUUGAAUGACACGUGAUAUUCAUUCAUGGGUUACGGGUAUGUGUGCUGUGUCUCAGAAC